AUGCAGCAGCAAGAUAAAGGAAGGAAGACCCCGAAAGAUGUUGAGUUUUUCACCGAGUAUGGAGAGGCCAACAGGUACAAAAUCCUGGAAAUUAUUGGAAAGGGUAGCUAUGGAGUUGUUUGUGCUGCCAUUGACACGCAAACUGGGGAGAAAGUGGCAAUAAAGAAAAUAACAGACAUUUUUGAGCAUAUCUCUGAUGCUAUCCGAAUUUUGCGAGAGAUUAAAUUGCUUCGUCUUUUGAGGCAUCCUGAUAUUGUUGAGAUUAAGCGGAUUAUGAUGCCACCCUCUAGGCGUGACUUCCGAGACAUUUAUGUUGUUUUCGAGCUUAUGGAGUCUGACCUUCAUCAAGUCAUAAAAGCUAAUGACGACUUGACGCACGAUCAUCAUCGUUUUUUUCUCUAUCAAAUGCUCCGUGCGCUGAAAUAUAUGCACACAGCUAAUGUCUAUCACCGAGACCUUAAGCCUAAGAAUAUAUUGGCAAAUGCAAACUGCAAGCUUAAGAUAUGCGAUUUUGGACUAGCAAGAGUGGCAUUUAGUGACACCCCAACUACAAUUUUUUGGACGUAUACCCCUGCAAUUGACAUUUGGAGCGUAGGAUGUAUAUUUGCGGAGGUCUUGACAGGGAAGCCGUUAUUUCCGGGUAAAAGCGUUGUGCAUCAACUGGACUUGAUUACUGAUCUUCUCGGUACACCAUCAACAGAUACAAUAUCAGGAGUGAGAAAUGAGAAGGCGAGGAAGUAUUUAAUGGACAUGAGGAAAAAGCGUGCAGUGCCUUUUGCCGAAAAAAUUCCAAAUGCUGAUCCUUCAGCUCUCAAACUAUUACAAAGAUUGUUGGCAUUUGACCCAAAGGAUCGUCCAAGUGCCGAAGAGGCAUUAGCCGAUCCUUACUUUAAGGGGCUGUCUAAGAUUGAGAGGGAGCCCUCUUGUCAACCAAUCUCAAAGUUGGAAUUUGAGUUUGAGCGACGUAGAGUGACGAAAGAAGAUAUUAGGGAAUUGAUAUUCCGGGAAAUAUUGGAGGACCAUCCUCAGUUGUUGAAGGACUACAUGGCAAGAAAUAGUGGCACAAGUUUUUUGUAUCCCAGUGCUAUUGGACACUUUAAGAAGCAAUUUGCGUACCUGGAGGAAACUGGGAAAAGUGGGCCUGUGAUACCUCCCGAGAGAAAGCAUGUUUCUCUUCCAAGGUCUACGAUUAACUCUAGUACUAUUCCACCUAAAGCACAACUGUAUGUCUCUGCAUAUGAUAACCGAAAAGCGACAGCAGAAGCACCAACAGUAUUAGGAGUUCCGGAUUCUGUUUCUGGUAGUGUGCCAAAGGUUUUACGGCCUCCACCACGCAUGCCUAACGCCAAACCAGGAAGGGUAGUGGGACCGGUUCUACCUUACGAGAAUGUCCGGCACGUGAAUGACUCGUCUUACGACGGAGGCGUUUACGUUCUCCCUUCUCAAUCCAUCUCUCCUCAAUGCUACUUCAGGACCAGCACCGGAACGAAUCAAAAUGAUUCCAGGAUGAGUGCAUCUCAAGUCCAACAACAGCCACCACCACCUAACCAGCAGCAAUACGUAGCCCCACAAGCUAAAUCAAUAAACGGUACGUAUAUCGACAUGAAAGGACAGCCCAAACUAAACCCUCCAGUGAUGGGUGGUGACAUGAACAGUAACCCUUAUUACCAGCCACAUUCCAAAGCAGUAGCUGGGGGUAUUAAUAUUAUGAAUAUGAACGGUCAAAUCGCUAUUGAUGCCAAACUGUUGCAGGCCCAGACACAGUUCGUUGUGGCGGGGCCUGCAACAGCUACGCAUCGGGAAGUCGCAGCUGUGCAGAUUGGACUGACUUAG